GGGGUCUCCCCUGGUAGUUCUCGUCACAAUCCUGACGAGUAUAUAAGUCCCAAGGAGGGUUACUUCUCCAUGGAGUCGUGAACCAUUGACCCAGGUUACGCAGUGACUCUUGUGUGUGCCCCAAUCGUGUCACACAAUAGGUUCAACAAUGGCUAGCCUCCUGCUCUUCAUGGCGGCCGCAGCUUCGGCUACCGCCGUGGCAAGAAGGGACUUUCCAAGUGACGACCCUCUUACCUCCUGCCCUGGUUACACAGCUUCGAAUGUUGUCAAGACUGCAUCGGGACUAUCCGCGGAUCUAACGUUGGCUGGCGAGGCUUGUGAUGUUUACGGCACCGACUUGACGGACUUGACGUUGGAGGUUUCAUACGAUACCGACACAAGACUACACGUCAAGAUCCAAGAUGCUGCCAACAGCGUUUACCAGAUUCCCGAGUCCGUUUUCCCUCGACCGGACGCCUCAGACUCCGAGGAAGCUCAAUCCGCCCUAAAAUUCGACUACACCGAAACCCCAUUCUCUUUUACAGUGUCUCGCUCGGACUCUGGAGAGGUUCUUUUCGACACCUCAGCUGCCAGCUUGGUGUUCGAGUCCCAGUAUCUGCGUCUGAGGACGAAGCUACCGGAGAACCCGAGUCUGUAUGGACUCGGCGAGCACUCGGACCCAUUCAUGCUGAAUACCACUGACUACAUCCGUACUUUCUGGUCGCAGGACUCGUACGGUGUCCCUGAAGGUGCUAACCUGUACGGCAACCAUCCCGUAUACUACGAACACCGCGAAUCAGGCACUCACGGCGUGUUCUUUUUAAACUCGAACGGCAUGGAUGUCAUGAUUAACAACACGGCUGAGUCUGGGCAGUAUCUCGAGUAUAACACCCUCGGCGGAGUCUUGGACUUUUACUUUGUCGCUGGCCCAAGCCCUGUCGAAGUAGCACAGCAAUACGCCGAAAUCGUUGGCUUACCUGCGAUGAUGCCCUACUGGGGUUUCGGCUUCCACAACUGCCGGUACGGAUACCAAGACGUAUACGAUGUGGCCGAAGUCGUCUACAACUACAGCCAAGCCAGCAUUCCCCUCGAGACAAUGUGGACCGAUAUCGAUUACAUGUAUCGAAGAAGGGUGUUCUCUCUAGACCCAGAAAGGUACCCCUUACACAUGAUGCGUGAACUGGUCGACUAUCUCCACGCACGCGAUCAACACUACAUCGUUAUGGUGGAUCCGGCCAUCGCGUACCAAGACUUCCCCUUAGGACUUCAGCGCGGAAUCGACGACAACAUCUUCCUUCUUCGCGAGAACGGCUCCGUGUGGAAAGGCGUCGUGUGGCCUGGUGUGACCGCAUUCCCCGACUGGUUUUCAGCUAACAUCAGCAAAUACUGGAACAACGAGUUCUCCCUGUUCUUCAACCCGGAGGAUGGCGUCGAUAUUGACGCGCUCUGGAUCGAUAUGAACGAGCCUUCCAACUUCCCCUGCAACUUCCCCUGCGAUAACCCCGAUGCUGCCGCCGUCGGCUACCCGCCAGAGCCGCCACCCGUCAGGUCUCCGCCACGAGCCCUCCCUGGCUUUUCCUGCGACUUCCAACCCGAGGGAACUGAUUGCGCCAAGACCGAAGUGAGAUCUUUGGACAUCCGAGAUACUACGCCCAAGGCCUACUUCGACAACCUCGUCCUGUCAUCUCGCCAAACAGAGGGCGAGCAAAAGGGUCUCCCUGGACGAGAUCUUCUCUACCCCAAAUACGCCAUCCACAACAAGGCUGCGUCUUCGGACAGCGCGAAUGCGGCAGAAGGUGGCAUCUCGAAUAAGACAGUAAACACCGAUGUUAUCCACCAAAACGGCCUGACCAUGUACGACACGCACAACCUGUACGGCAGCAUGAUGUCCAUCGCCUCCCACGAAGCCAUGCUCCAACGACGCCCCACUCUCCGCCCCAUGAUCAUCACGCGCUCCACGUUCGCCGGCGCCGGAACCAAGGUCGGGCACUGGCUCGGCGACAACCUGUCGACGUGGGACCAGUACCGCCUCGCGAUCCGCAGCAUGAUGGCCUUCGCGUCGGUGUACCAGGUUCCCAUGGUGGGCGCCGACACGUGCGGCUUCGGCGACAACACGACGGAGCAGCUGUGCUCGCGCUGGGCCGCCCUCGGCGCCUUCGCCCCCUUCUACCGCGUCCACAACAGCCUCGACUCCAUCUCCCAGGAGCUGUACCGCUGGGAGGCCACCGCGCAGUCCGCCCGCAAGUUCAUCGCCAUCCGCUAUCGUCUGCUCGACUACAUGUACACCGCCAUGCACGUCCAGACGCGCGACGGCACGCCGAUGGUCAGCCCGCUGUUCUACCAGUAUCCCCAGGACAAGAACACGUUCGGUUUGGACCUGCAGUAUCUUCUCGGACCCGGGCUGCUGGUCGCGCCGGUGACGGAGGAGAACAGCACGAGCGUGGACGUCUACCUGCCCGACGACAUCUUCUACGACUUCCACACCCACCAACGCGUCGUCGGCGCCGGAAAAGCCAUCACGCUCGAGAACCAGACGUGGACAGACCUCCCCCUCUUCCUCCGCGGCGGCGUCGUCGUGCCUUUACGCGCGGAGGCAGCGAUGACGACGACGGAGCUGCGCACGAAGCCGUUCGAGAUCAUCGUGGCGGUGGGCAAGGACGGGAAGGCGAGCGGGAGGCUGUAUGUCGACGACGGCGUGAGUGUUGAGCAGCGGAAGGGCACGAGCGAUAUUCUCUUCGAGUAUGCGGAUGGGGUGUUGAGGGUGGGUGGGACGUUUGGGUAUAAGGGGGAGGAGGUUAGGGUUUCGAAGGUCACGUUUUUGGGGGGAGGAAAUGGGGGUAAAAAGGGAGGCAAGAGGGAUGCGGAGGGUGAGGAUGUGGUCAAGGUGGAUGUCGAUCGUGCGCUUACGGGGGCGUUUACUGUUGAGGUGAACGCGGCUUAG